ACCAAACGCAACUUCCCUAGGCCGAGGGACCUGCUCAACUGCGUCAUCCCGCUUCACCACCAAGCCACCGCUCUCGGAUAUUGUGUGCUUGAUAGGAUCGAUCAAGGAGUCGCUGGGAGAGCCGGAGCCCGUGGCUGGCACAUUUUACUCACGCACAUCCCUUGAACCACCCGCUCACCAACCCACCCAUUUGGAUCCAGCAACAAACCCCUGCGGCGGCUUUUGAGAAUCCUGACUAGGUUGAAUGAGCUGAUUGCAUCUGCGCCGGUGAAGUGAAGAGACGACUCAUCAGCGGCACUUGCACUUCCGCCCGUUCCCUCAACAGCUGUUCACAUGGUUCGUGGCCAAGUUCCGCCUGAGGACGUGACGAAGCGAUUAAAAGACAUACAGUCGACAUUCUUGUCGCCUGCGGAGCCUACGGACCACAAAAAGACGGCACCUGUGGUGAACAACGUGCUGGAGAUAUACACCGGCGAGCCUGACGGAAGCAAGCAUUCGGACGAGGUAGACCGCCUGUUGCGGAAAAGCUGCGUCGAGAUGGCCAUGAAUCGCGUUGACGGCGACGACGAGUUAUUCGUUGGCGGUAUCUGGGCCCUGCGCCGUCCGUCCGCCCUCAAGGAGCGCAACAUCACGCACAUCCUGUCGGUCGUGGGCAUCGACCCGGCCGGCCUCAAGAGUGAGACCGACACGUGGGAGAACUACGGUAAGAGCUUCAAACACCUGGUCAUCGACAUCGACGACGUCGAGGACGCCGACAUCCUCGUCCACCUGCCCAAGGCCGUACGCUUCAUCGACGAGGCGCUGUACCCGCAGAACCACGUUGGCGGCGACUCCGGAGCGAAGACGAAGGACGAGAAGCUUUUCGAGGAGAAGGCGAAGCGGUUGAGGCAGGCUGUGGAGGAGGACGAGAAGGCCGAUGCGGCUGCAGCAACGGACCCGGACCCUGAUGCCAUCACCCCCGCGCCCCAGCUCGAGGCCCUGGACCUCGGGCCCGAUGACGAGAAGAAGCCCGAACCGGACGCCCCCGGCGCCGUGUACGUCCACUGCGCCAUGGGCAAGUCCCGCUCCGUCACCGCCGUCGUCGCCUACCUCCUCUGGAAGUACCCCUCCCGCUUCGGCCGCUCCGUCGCCUCUGCAGCCGCCGCACAAAAAGUAUCGAAGCCCGACGACACCGCGGCCGCCGCCGUCGCCGCCGCCGUGAAGUGGGUCCGCAAUACGCGCGAGAUCGCCGAGCCGAACCCGGGCUUCAUCCAGCAGCUCGAGAUGUGGUGGGCCAUGGGGUGCCCGGACGACGUCGAGUCGCACCCAGUCUACCAGCGCUGGGAUUUCCAGCGCGAGAUCGACGAGAGCCUCGCGGCGGGGCAGGCGCCGAGCCGGCUGCGCUUCGAGGACGAGGAGAUGAGCAAGGAAGAAGCGUCGUCGUCCUCAUCGCAGACCAAGGGCGGGGUCGAGAUCCGGUGCAAAAAGUGCCGCAAGACGCUGGCGACGCCGCGGUUCGUGCUCGAGCACGAGCAAGAUGCGCAGGGCAGGGCGAGGGGCCAGGCGUGCGGGCACGUCUUCGUGGAGCCGCUGGGCUGGAUGAGAGAGGAGCUGGAGAAGGGCGCGCUCGAGGGCCGGCUGUGCUGCCCGAACAGCAAGUGCGGCGCCGCGGUCGGGAGAUACAGCUGGCGUGGGUUCCGGUGCAGCUGCGGCGGGUGGGUGACGCCCGGGUUCAGCCUGCAGAAGGGGCGGACCGACGAGGUGGCCGUGAGAGCGCCGGGGGCGGCUGCAUCCGCGGCGGGGAGGGCGUCGUUGGGGAUCCGGAUGCCGCCCGAGGCGGGGAGACUGUGAGGGAAAGGCGGGGCGGUGUUGACAUGGGGGCGUAGAGGGGUUGGAAUUGCGGCAGGUCAGGGUUUUCUCGGAUGAUACAUAUAUACAAGGAGUUGCACGAGAGGCUGGCAUGUGUGUUUUCUAGACCCCGUAGAGAGAUACGUCGAUAUGUCGUGACGAAUUCGAAUGUUUGUAUACAUGCC